AUGCUGUCCGCCCUCAACCCGUUCAAGAACAGCCGGGAAUACGAAGCGAGGCUGCGAAAGCCUUUCGUCCCGACGUCCGUGACCCUGAAGCAGGUCCAUGAUGCGGUCCCUAAGGAGCUGCUGAAACCCAAUGAAUGGCUCAGCAUGUACUACGUCCUGAGGGACGUCGCACUGUGCUCUGGGUUCUUCUUCCUGGCCUCACAGAUUGACCCGUGGGCGAAGACGAGCUAUGGGGGGUAUGUGGAGCCGGGGUGGCAGACGACUACUGCUCGAUGGGCGCUCUGGGCGGCGUACUGGUGGUUCCAGGGUUUGACCUGGGGUGGCAUCUUUUGCUUAGGUCACGAUGCCGGGCAUGGUACGUUGUUCAACUCGAAGAUACUCAAUCAGACAGUUGGGUACAUCCUGCACGUGUUCCUGCUCAUCCCCUACUCCGCGUGGCGAUCGACCCACCAUGCCCACCACAAAGCGAACGUGUCGAUGGAGCGGGACGAGAACUACCUUCCACACCUGCGAAGCGAGUACAAGCUGCCCGAGGAGAAGAAGGCCCAGCCUGCGGACUACGCCGAGGUCUUCGAGGAGACGCCCAUCUGGACGCUGACGCGGAUGCUGAUCAUGCAGGGUAUGGGGUGGUGGCUGUAUCUGACGAGGAAUACGCUCGGAGCGAAGAUGUAUCCUCCGGGCACGAACCACUUCAGCCCCUGGUCUCCGCUGUUUAAGCCUGCUCAGCGACCAGCCAUCAUCGUAUCCGACAUCGGCUUAGUGUGCAUGACCACCGUUCUGUACCUGUGGACACGCCAGUGCGGUUUGAGCGCCUUCAUCAAGUGCUAUUUCAUCCCGUACCUGAUGGUCAAUCAUUGGAUCGUUAUGUUCACAUACUUGCAUCACUCGGAUCCGACCAUCCCGCAUUACCGCAGGGGCCAGUGGUCUUUCAUGAGAGGCGCUUCUGCCACUGUUGACAGGCCCUUGAUGGGCUGGAUGGGUCGGUUCUUCUUGCAUAAUAUAUCGCAUGACCACGUCGCGCACCAUUUCUUUAUCAAGGCGCCUUUCUACAACGGUCCUAAGAUAACCAAGCUUAUUCGACGGGUGCUGCAAGAUGACUACAACUACGACACUACCAAUACGUGGUACGCACUGUACCGAUCGUUUACCCAGUGCCUCUUCGUUGAAGAGGAGGGAGAGAUCAUUUUCUACAAGAACAAGUACGGUAAGGCGGCGCGGGAAGUGGACGAGAAGGUUUUGCAGGAGAUCAGUCAAGGAUGGAACUCGAAAGCUCAAGAUGCGUUGGACGAGAAAGAGCCCAUGACGGACGAGGUGACAGGCGAGCCAACGGACGUGGAAACUCAGUGA